GGCAACUGACAGUGACAGUAACUUAUCAACCAAAGCUGUCAAACAAAAUUGAGUAUUUUGGAAUAAAUUAUUUCUCACCUUGUGUUAGUGAUAUGAAAUAAAAUUCAAUAGCUAAAAUGUCUGAAAGGGAUUACGCACCUCUAAGCAAUGCCUGUGUCCGUGGUUUAUGUGACAAAAUAUAUGACAAAAGAAAAUUCGCUGGUGUUGAAAUCGAAAAAAUGGUGAAAGAUUUCAGUGAUGCAAAUAAUACUAGCCAAAUUAAACGACUCAUACGCGUUUUAGGACAGGAUCUAAUGUCUUCUACUAACCCCAAUGUUAAGAAUGGUGCUUUAAUGGGGCUGUCAUCUGUGGCAGUAGGACUGGGCAAGGGCUGCGUGAACUACUUGUCAGAGCUGAUCCAUCCGAUCCUGGCAUGCUUCAGCGAGAGCGAGUCUCGUGUUCGAUAUCAAGCUGCGGAGGCUUUAUUUAACGUGUUGAAAAUAGCUCGCGGGGAGGCGCUCGCGCACUUCCCGCCUGUGUUUGAGGCGUUGGCGCGGCUCGCUGCAGAUCCCGAGCCACAGGAUAUAGUGACAGAGAGUUCAUCGUUCGACUUGGCGGCGUUCGUGCCGAUGCUGCGCGAGCGCAUCUACACGAGAAACGCGUUCGCGCGGCAGUUCGUGGUGUCGUGGGUGUCCGUGCUGGACGCGGUGCCGGACAUCGAGCUGGUGGGCUACCUGCCCGAGCUGCUCGACGGACUGUUCAAGAUGUUAGACGACCCCAACCCCGAGAUACGUCGCAUGUGUGACGUGCAACUCAACGAGUUUCUGAGGAGCAUAAAGAAGGAUCCGUCAAAGGUGGACUUCCAGGCGAUGAUCAACGUUCUCAUCACGCACGCCCAGUCGCCGGAGGAGCUCCUACAGCUGACCGCCGUGACGUGGCUGCGCGAGUUCGUGGAGCUGGCGGGCCCGCGGCUGCUGCCGUACGCGUCGGGCGUCUUGGCGGCCGCACUGCCCUGCGCCGCGCACGCGUCCGCCGGGGGGGCCCGCCGCAGUAUCCUUUGCGCUACCCUCGCAUUCCCUGUUAAAUACAUCCGCGAGACCGCGGCGGUGGUCAACCUUCAGCUGACCAAGCUCGUGGUGUCCGCCGGGGAGAGCGGCGAGGGCGAGGGGGACGGGGAGGGGGCGGGGGCGGGGCUGCAGCUGGCGGGCGUGGUGGGCGUGCUGACGCAGCUGCUGCACCACAACUCCGUGCACACGAAGGUGGCCGCGCUCGACUGGAUCCUGCAUCUGUACGACAAGCUGCCCGCGCAGAUGUUCAAUGAAACCGGAAGCGUGUUCCCGAGCGUGGUGGGCAGCCUGACGGACGCGUCCGACGACGUGGUGCGCCGCUCGCUGGCCGUGCUGGCGGAGAUCUGCUCCUGCCCCGCCGCGGACACCACGCCCGGUGAGUGCCCUACUGAUCCGACGCUCUAA